UAAAAUUUUACAAAAAAAGUAACUAUCUAUGUACAAUAUUAUUAAUAUUAAUGAUCUCGCAUGUGUGUAAAUGAAACAGUGAGAGAAGUGGUGUGUUGGCAAUGAUUAGAACGAAAUAGUUCCAUAGCCAAAAUAUAUAUUUUUUGACUUUCCGCGUGUAUUUAAGAAUUUGUUUGGGUAUUUGUUAAGUUUGAACAUUUUUUUAAAUCUCUGGUGAAAUAAAAACGUUAUGUUAACGGUAAAAAAAUAUUACGUGCCGAAACCGUGGUCGCGCAUUAAUAAUGUUAAUAGUCACUUGUUUGUUUUCUCUUUCAGCCGUUUGUCUGCAGUCUGCACUCUUUACGCCAUAUUGCAGUGUGUUUUAAUAUAUUACUGACCGUGAAAUAACGUACAGUUUGUGUUUCAGGAUUUUGUGUUAAUAUUGUGUAUUUUAACUUUGUUAUAUUAUUUAUUAUCUACUAUUGUAAUGAUGGAAUUUGUUUUCGUUUUGAUAUUUUGUGUGGUUCUUGUGAUUGCUGUAAUGGUAAUUGGUUCCGGGAUGGGGAAAGCUACUUCUUCGCAGCGUCAGAUGGACAUCAUUAACGUCGCUCAGAACUUAUAUGUUUUAAUUAGGAAAGGCGACUUGAAGAAAUGUGACGUUACGCAGACGACCGCGUUUCUUCUCAACAUCGCAAAGUCAACUGUUCUCAAGUAAGUAGGCUUUUUUCGUUUUCAUGCACGUAAAAAAAAUAUCGACUGUGUCCUAAGUAUUGUCGGCCUGUGUUUUAACUCACGAGGUUUUUUGUGUUUUAUUUCCAAUUUAUAUUUUUUGGUGUGAGACAACACCGCCAUGUGGCGUCUCUGUUGAAAAGUUAACCUAAAAUCAUAUUAGGCCUACUCAGGUCCUAACAAUAACAAUAUAGGCACUUUCAAGUAUUUUUAUGGGUGUGAUACACGUUUGUUUAUAACGAUGUUUAUAAACUUUAUGAUAGGUUUAACUAUAACAUAAGGGAGUGAUUUUAUAAUUUGCAUUUAAUUAGUUUUUCAUCUGUUUGGGAGAUCACAAAAAAAAAUAAAAAAACACUUCAUUAAUUUCGUGGACAAAGUCUGUCAUGUUUCCAUUUAGUGACCACAAAGCAAAUAUUUGUGACAAAAUGCCAUAUUUGGAACACUGCCUAACUGCGUAUUGUGAACGGGUCCCCGGAAAAGUGUUAUGACAAAUGUUUUUUUUUUUUGGUUAGGUACUACAAGAAAGACAUUGAAGAAGUUUCAACACCAGGAAAAAAGAGGAAAAAAAGGCCACAGGAAGGAAAGUCACUUGACACAGUCGACGAUUUCACAGUAAAUGCAAUCAGGAAUGCAAUUUACAGGAUGUACGCUGAAGGUUUGAAUGUUACAGUUGACACCAUUUUGAAAGAAAUCAGGGAAAGACAAAUAGAUUAUUAUGGUGGAAGAUCAAGUCUUCAUAAAUUGUUAAAGAAGAUGGGAUUUUCAUGGACAACUGUUGAUGGACGAAAAGCUUUGAUAGAGAAUGAAAACAUAGUAUUGCAGCGAAUAGAUUUCUUGAGAAAGUAUAAAGAAGAAAAAGAAAGAGGUGCCAAUUUCAUAUUUGUUGAUGAAACAUGGAUUUUCCAGAGAGGAACUGUAUCAAAGUCAUGGCAGGACAAGAGUCUACAAUCUGCGAAGAGACGUACUGUUGGAGAUGGUAAAAGGUUUAUUGUUGUUAAUGCUGGAGGGCACACUGGCUUUGUGCCAGGAGCAGGAUUACUUUUUGUUUCUGGUCAGAAGACUGCAGACUACCAUGGCGAGAUGAAUGGGGAAACAUUCUUGAUGUGGUUUGAAGACAUGUUGGUGCAUCUUGAGGAACCCAGUGUCAUCAUAAAGGACAAUGCUUCAUAUCACAGCACCCAGAUGGGCGAGGUGUGUGGAUCACGUGGAGAAGCUAAUUCAAGCAGACUGGGAGAGAGAAGUCCACAUAGACAGCUGCACCAUUCCUCCACUCAUCAUCCACCUCGGCGAGGAUAGUUCAAGUGAAGACAGUGACAGCGAAGAAUUUGAGGUU